GUUUGGAAAAGUUUGAACCGUCAUAAUUUUAUACGCCACCAACUAAAAAUCCUGACCGACUGAAUCAGUGGAUAUACUGACUCUCAACUCAGCGACAUUGCUAGGAAGACAUGAGCAACGAUGUCAAACACCACCUUCAACUCGGAGGAAGGGCGUUUCUGCCCCCUGCUUCAGCUCAUGCAGCAGCACGCCCUGAACAACCACACCAGCUCCAACUGGAUUGUGGUUUGCUUCCACGGCCUGAUCUCCUGCUUGGGCAUACUGGAAAACGCUUUGAUCCUGUGGGUGGUGGGUUUCCGCCUUCAUCGCCGUACCGUGGCCUCGGUCUGGGUGCUCAACCUGGCCAUGUCCGAUUUCCUCGCCACCCUCACACUUCCCCUCUUCACCCUUUACCUGAGCUCCUCUCAUAGCUGGGAGCUGGGCAACCCGCUCUGCAAAAUACAAGCGUCCAUAUUUUUCCUGAACAUGUUCGUGUCCGCCUUCCUGCUGGCCGCCAUUUCACUCGACCGGUGCUUUCUGGUUUCCAAACCAGUGUGGUGCCAGAACCAUCGAUCUGUGGCGGGAGCGUGGAGGGUGUGCCUGCUAGCUUGGUUAUGGGCCGCUGUCAACACAUUCCCUUACUCCCUGUUCCGCUCUGUGACCGAGACGGCGGAUGACAGGAAACUGUGCUAUCACAAUUUUGCCUUGUAUCGGUCCUCCGAAGCCACGCUGGAGAAAGUCUGCGCAGUGCGCCAAACGGCAACGACCGUCUCAAAGCUGCUGCUGGCGUUCCUGAUUCCCCUUGCCGUGAUCGCUGGAAGCUACAUCAGGAUCGGUCUCAGCUUGAUGAACAGGAACCGCAGGUGGACCCAGCAGAGUACCAGGUUGCAGACGUCAUUAAUGGGCUCAAAUCAUCAGGACGGAUCAAAUCCUUCAAAGACUAUUUCUCCAAAGCGGACAACCUUUAGUGGGUCUUUAUCUUUGACUCCUACGUCCUCGUCUCCUCUCAACAAUCACAGCCAGCUGUCCCAGAGCUUCACUAGGAUGGUGACUUUAGUGAUCACAGUAUUUGCAUUCUGCUGGGCUCCCUAUCACAUCUUCUGUGUGAUCGAGGUGUCCGCUCUUUACCGCAGAGACAACCUCAAACUGGUCGAGGUAGGACUGCCCCUCGCCACAACCUUCACCUUUCUGAAUUCGGUGUUGAAUCCCGUAGUGUACGCCUUCAGCUGCCCGCACUUUUGUGUGCGAAUACGACAAAGUCUGGGAGCCGUCUUCGAUGGACUCGUCGAGGAGGGAGGAGGGAAACUGUUAGGUCCCACGCGAAGUUUACGAGCUCAUAUUAGAGAAAGGAGCAGACAAGGUGUUACGCCUGGAUCGCCGUCGAGUCCGAAAUCAGGAAAGACUCAGCCUGACUCUCCACCCGCCUUCUGACAACCAGUAUGAGGAAACGCAAUCAAGACGAUGAUUAUGACUUUGUGUCUGAUGCAUGCUGCACCCAAAUAAACUGGGCCUCUUUAUGUCAUUUUUUUAUCUGAUCCGAUUUUCUUUUCCGAUCUGGUUUUUGAGUACCAAUUCUACGGUGGCCAACAGGGGAAAACAAUCUGAAGCGUCCUAAACACAUACAAAUCGCCAAAACACAAUAUCAUCACCAUGGAGUGUCAGGCCUGUUUGCAGGCAGCGAUGAUCAGGGCUCUCCAGUCUUCUCUGUCGUCCACCUAAUGUAUGAGUUCUAUAUUGUUGAUGUUUCUGAUAAAACUUCUCAGGCUGUUGAUGUAUGUUGUUUGUUGUCGACCUUGAGCUUUCUUUCCUACUAGUUUUCCGGUUACUCCCAGGGGGUGAUCAGGGGUGCCGGGUCAAAUUCAGAGGAUAAUUUCACCACACCUAGUGUGUGCGUGACAAUCAUUGGUACAUUAAUUUAACUUUAAUAUACAUUUUUCUAAGCUGUCAUUUCUGUGGGGCCGCAUAGCUCGGUUGGUAGAGUGACCGUGCCAGCACCUUGAGGGUUCCAGGUUCGAUCCCUGCUUCUGCCAUGCUAGUCACUGCCGUUGUGUCCUUGGGCAAGACACUUUACCCACCUUCUCCCAGUGCCACCCACACUGGUUUAAGUGUAACUGAGAUAUUGGGUUUCACUAUGUAAAAGCGCUUUGAGUCACUAGAGAAAAGUGCUAUAUAAAUAUAAUUCACUUCACUUCACUAAUAUAUGUCUGAGGAAUUUCAGCAGCCUAUUCCGUAUUGUUACGAUAAGAGUUAUUUUUGUUUUUGCUCAUGCCAAUACCUCUUCAUUACUUCAUUACUAUAAGACAAUAUACAAGGGGUGUUCCGAUUCCGAAUCCGAUUCCAUGAGUGAGAUCGGCCGAUACCAUUACUGAUACCAAUCAUGUGUUAACAUUUUUUUAUGUAUUUAUGGUGAGUGCUAUUGACAGUUCAACAACUUGAACACAAUAUUCAAAGUUGUUUCCUUUACUCUUUUAUUACAUACAAUUGUUUGAGCAAAGUGAGUGUGAAUGUUGUUUGUUUAUCUGUGUUGGCGCUGCGAUGAGGCGGCAACUUGUCCAGGGUAGUACCCCGUCGAAUGCAGCUGGGAUCGACUCCAGCCACCCCCACGACCCUG